AUACAUACCACCGUCUGAUUCCACCCGGCCUCCCCCACUGUUCUCGACGUCUCCAAGAUGGCAGCCGCAGCCAAUUCGUCUUCGACCACCCCCGCGACGGUCUUCCCUCGCAGCCAUGUCGGUUUCGACAGCAUCACCUCCCAGAUCGAGCGCAAACUGUUGAAACGUGGAUUCCAGUUCAAUGUCAUGUGCGUUGGUCAGACGGGUCUGGGCAAGUCAACUCUGAUCAACACCAUUUUUGCUUCUCACCUUAUCGAUUCCAAGGGUCGCCUGACCCCCAAUGAACCCGUCCGCUCGACUACGGAGAUCCAGACCGUUUCACACAUCAUUGAGGAGAACGGCGUGCGUCUACGCCUCAACAUUGUCGACACUCCCGGAUACGGUGACCAGGUUAACAACGAUAGAUGCUGGGACCCAAUCGUGAAAUAUAUCAAGGAUCAGCACUCCGCAUACCUCCGCAAGGAGCUCACCGCUCAGCGUGACCGCUAUAUCCAGGACACGCGUAUCCACUGCUGUCUAUUCUUCAUCCAGCCCUCCGGCCAUGCUCUCAAGCCCAUUGAUAUCGUUGUUCUGAAGAAGUUGUCGGAUGUCGUCAAUGUUGUUCCCGUUAUCGCCAAGGCGGAUUCGCUUACCCUCGAAGAGCGUCAGGCAUUCAAGGAGCGAAUCAAGGAGGAGUUUACCUUCCACAACCUGAAGAUGUACCCCUAUGACAAUGAUGAACUUGAUGACGAGGAACGUGCCGUCAACGUCCAGAUCAAGGACAUCAUCCCCUUUGCUGUUGUAGGCAGCGAACGGACUAUCGUUGUCAAUGGUCAGCAGGUUCGCGGUCGCCAGAACCGCUGGGGUGUCAUUAAUGUGGAGGAUGAGAACCACUGCGAAUUCGUUUAUCUGAGAAACUUCCUUACUCGCACUCACCUGCAGGAUCUCAUCGAGACGACCAGUCAAAUCCAUUAUGAGACCUUCCGUGCCAAGCAGCUUUUGGCCCUAAAGGAGAGCAGUGCCGCCGGGGGCCAUCCUGGUAGCAGCCGUCCCAUCAGCCCCUCUGCGGACAGGGAGCUCAGCCGCAACUCGCAACGCAUGACUAUGAACGGUUAUUAAUUUGACUGAAAAGAUGAGUGGAUUGCAAUGGUUUCGUGGAACAAGCACCUGAAACGAGCCGUUGCCAUACAAUGGCGACCAACCACAAGACAGUCUAAGAGUUGAUUUUCUUUCCCUUUCAUGUUUUGAUCUUACUGCACCAACUUCAUAUCGGCAUGCUCUUACAGAUAUCCUCUUUAACUUCAGGCUUUUCCUUAUCGUAUUAGUGUUCAUUCUACCCCCCGCCGCUGAAUGGGGGUGACUUGUCUUUCUUUGUUUCCUAUGAGUUGGUUAUUCCAGAUCGAAAAGAGCUAGCAACGAAAGCGCUAGGCGUCGUCUUGUCAUUUCAUGUACUUAAUUCCCUUAAUACGCAUCAGCAGGAGAAUAUACCUGGUUCCCAAGCAUAGGA